AACGUUUGUGUGGGUACAGGUAGCCUCCUGGCUGCAACCAAAACUAAAGUCAGUUUUAGUUCAAGUUACUUGGAGGGAUGGCCAAGAGGGAAGUGAUGUAGAGGUGUGCGAUACUACCGGUAGCUAGACCUUCUCCCCUGUUUACUUUUAAAUCCGUACCAGCGAGAGCGCAGGUGCCAACAUUGAUUCUCUAGAGUUUACCGCCAUCAUCUCCCGCACACUUCGCUCGUGGCGUCGUGAUGCUGAAGGAUUUCUGCCUUCAUCCGAAUCAGAAGCCACCAGCAGCCAAGUUGCAAAGGGCUGAAUGAAUCGAAUCUUCACAACUCAACAUCAAUGAUUCAGCCACGCAGCCACAAAGUUGAAAGUGAACUGUGGCAAGCAAGCACCUGGAAACUUUGAGUGUUUGUGCGUUGGCUGCAUUGAGCACUCCAAGGAGAUCCGAAUACAGCAGACAAGAUUGCCACCCACAGCAGCGGGUUCCAGGCAAUGCAACGGGGUGUUUCUCACCUCUCUGACGGACUCCAGUAGCAGUGCAGCAAUGUCAAUGCCAAUGGAAAUGCAAACUCAACGCACACCAACCUUUAGAAUCGAUCAUGCCAAAAGGUGAAGGCCCAUGAUCAUGUUCGUAGCACUGGCUAGCUCCUAUCAUAUCAUACCGGUAGCUGUGGAGGGUCCGGCACGAAGUGGAACAAUCGAGAACGCCUCAAAAUCGCACGAUCGAGUUUGAUCGCACAUUCCUUCCACCAAUUUGUUCUCCGUUGGAUACUGAACCGUUACAGAAAGAUAUAUGGAAAACAUUCCGAAAUUUCUAACCUCAGGCUGGCGCGGGUUACCUCCAAAGAUAUUCGGACAGUUUGGCAAGAUUGAUGGACAGAUCUACGUACUGCAAUCCAAGAAGCCAUCAUGAAUUGCGAUGCGCAUUAGAAGCGACUAUUGGUAUUAGCUAGCUAGCUAGCUAGCUAGCUACGGUACGUGUGGUACCAAUGCGUCCAUGCAGCUACAGUAGACUAGGUGAACUGAGGAGAAGAGCAACUGUCUCCAUCUCUCUCUCACAUCGAGCUCACAAAUUUGAGCCAGAUCACAACUCAUUCGCAACUUCCUUUCUCAACAAGUAAGUGAACCAUGAAGAUCAUCUUUUCAGCUAUCGUUUCCGCGUUCUUGCUGGCUGCUUGCGUGCCGAAAGCAGCAGGGCAGUCCGCGGAACAGUUCUUGGCCAUUCAUAACAUGACCACCCUGUUCUUUGACCGCGAUCCUGGCCUUGUGAGGCGACUUGUGCGCAUGGCCUUUCACGAUUCCAUGGGCGGAAUGGAUGCGCACUUGGAUCUUAACAACACCGAGCACGAUGGGUUGGCCGGCACCUUCCGGCUUCUCAACCGCCUUUGGGAGCAUAAUGCGAUGCUGGGCAACGAGACCGAGCAUGAUAUGGAACGAUUCGGAAACGGGACCAUGGGUGGAGGACGAGGACAAGGACAAGGACAAGGAGGUGGAGGCUUGAGACCUCAGGGCGGUGGCGACCGAGGCGACCGAGGAGGAGGCGGCGGCGGCGGUGGCGGCGGUGGCGGCGGCGGAGGUGGUGGCGGAGGAAGACGACUUCAAGGUGGCGGCGGAGGGGGGCAGCCGGGAAGAGGGCCCCCAGGAAUGAGAGGUAACAACACCGGCAUGGGACCGGGAAGAGGUGGGCGCGGCGGCAGGAAUGCAACGGCCAUGUUCCUGAUGGGUCUUGAGCCAGUCUCGGUGGAAGGUCUUACCAAAGCAGACUUCUUUGCUUGGGUUUACACCUCUGCUUUCUACCAUACCGUCCCUGGACGCAACGUUCCUUGGAUCCCCCUUCGCUUUGGACGUACGACUGCGCAUGAAGCCCAACUCGAGGAUACUCCACCCCUGUCAGCAUUUGGAAGCCAUGACCGUGCCGCUGUCUUGGAAUACUUUGACGAACACUAUGGAUUCAACGAAGGCCAGGUGGCCGUCCUCAUGGGCGCCCACACCCUUGGAGGUGCCAACCGAGGUAACUCAGGGUUCACAGGCACCUGGACCUCGUCCCCUGGUGUUUUCAACAACGAGUACUACGAGAACCUCAUGUUUCCUGGCGGCAGAGGAGGCUGGGAGCAAAUUGCUGUUCGAAACAGCACCCUGUUUGAAUGGCGAUGGGGUUGCAACAACAGGUGCCGAGACUUGAUGUUGAAUGUCGACAUGAACUUGUUCUACGACCUCGAUGACUACUUCGUUGGAGACGCUGGGCAAGUCAUGCUCCCUGAUCCACUUCCUGCUACGGCUCCUCCUGGACUUUGCAGCGACCCUGAACAUGUGUUUGCAGUGUGCUUCCCUGAACGGGAGGGCUCUGCAACCCAUCAGCUUAUCACGUUUCUUGAAGACGGAAACGGUGAGAUGUUCUUGGACAACUUUGCCACGGUGUUUGGAGACAUGCUUUCGAGAGUCAAGGAUGACGCUCCGUUGGGCUAUGUUGCCUCUCCACAUGACUGGCCUCGUGGUCUGAACAGAGGCCGCGGAGGCCCUGGAGGACGUGGUCGUGGACCUCCUCCUCGAGGCUGCAACGUGGACAACAAUCCCGAUGCCAUUGCCGCCAUGAUGGGUGAAGAUGGAGAAGAAGAACCUGGUUUCGAAUUAGAUUUUGAUUUUGACGAGGAAGUUGAAGGUGUUGACGUUGAGGUUGAGGACGUCGAAGGCCUUGAUAUUGAAGUCACCGCGACGCGGACUGCGUCAGACCCCAAGGAAGUGGCGCAAAAACUGAGUUUCACGAUUUUCCCGUAAUUGAAUAAAUGUUGCAAAAGAGUUGUUUAGUUUUAAAAUAAGGAGGUACCACCCGCUUUU